GAGCCUGAGUGUGAGGAGGAAGCCGCGCCAGCGCCUGCCGCGACUGCACUUGAUUGAGAUGAUCCGGCGUCAGGAUUUACACCAGCUGAAACACCAGAUGCUGCCCCGCUAGAUCCUAUGGUCGAUCCAAUGCUGCCACCGCCGCUGUCGCUGUUGUCUCCGGACGCGCUGCUGCCUGUCCCGUCUCCACCGCUCGCUGACGAGGAGCUAGAACUACCUGUUCCAUUGGGCCCGACACUGCUGCCCGAUGAGCUGCCAUCUCCAUCUCCACCUGCGCUCGUCCCGGCAGAACCACCAUCGCCGCUACCGCUGCUUGACCCGUCACCUCCACUAGAGGUAUCACUGCCAAUAGAGCCGCUGCCUGAGGACGACCCCCCACCUCCCGGAUUAUCUCCGCUAGAGCCUGUUGGGCUCGAUGCGUGCGCGGUGCUGGUCGCUUGCGUAGGAAGUGCAGCAAUUGAUGUGGGUACGGCAGCCGCCGAUCAGAGGGGAGAGCAAAGGUCCGAGGAUGGGAAUGGAGGGGAUUGGAAUGGGGAGGUUGAUGAGCGAUGGGUCGCGUUCCUGCAGUGCCCUUGUCUGCGCAUUGUGUAUUCUCCUGGUCUUGCGAGUGCGCGCGUGCAUGGUGCCGUUAUGUCGUAACGGCCGAAGCCUGGAAAGAGUGUGGUACAAAAGAAUGUGAAGGCCGGCUGGCGGAAGCUGCGGUGCAGCGCACUAGAAGAGGACGAAGGGCAGGAUGCCUAGGGAGCCUUCCAGCUCUGAUGCAGAUGCGGACCUGGGAGAAAAG